CUGAGCACAUCAGCAGCCAGCCAGCCGGUCGGGGCUCCUGCCUCUCAGUCACACAGACAGCCGCAUAGGAGACAGGCAGCAGCGCUCAGGGCGCACGAGACUCAAACCCACUCUUAGAUUCUCGCUUUUCGUAAAUGGAUAUAUUCAGAUGUAACGCUGUUUGAGGCCGGGUGGUGUUAAUUUUGGAGAAGAAAAAACAGAAACGGGCGAACUUCCUCUUUUUUUAGGUACCCGGUUCGUCUGAAACGUUUGCAGGGAGCCGCUCUCCCCACAGCGUUAGCUCGCUAAGCUAGCUAGCCCGCUAACUUAGCGGUGAGACUUUGUAUCAACGUCAGUUUUCUGCCUCGGAGCUAGCCUGCGGUCUUUUUGCGCCACGGCGGCAGAUUGACGUGACCUAUCAGGACAGGAGCAUGUUUGAGUGACACAUAAAAGAGGAAGUGGGAUCCCUGAGGCCCCGGCCCUCUCUACCAGUGGAGCACCCUGCACAUCUGGCCAGAGACCCCUCCAGUCAUUAGGAAAGGAUGCGAAGGUUUGCUUACUGUAAAGUGGUUUUAGCCACCUCUCUGGUCUGGGUGAUGCUGGACAUGUUCAUUCUGCUCUACUUCAGCGAGUGCAACAAGUGCGAUGAUAAAAAGGAGAGGGGACUACCUGGGAGAGCUGAUGGCCUGUCCAGACCACGGGACGGGCCUGGUGAAGGCGGGAAGCCGGUGGUGAUCCCUAAAGAAGAACAGGAGAAAAUGAAGGAGAUGUUUAAGAUAAACCAGUUUAACCUCAUGGCCUCAGAGAGGAUAGCUCUCAAUCGCUCACUACCUGACGUCCGUCUGGAGGGGUGCAAGAACAAGUUAUACCCUGAUAAUCUUCCUCGCACCAGCGUGGUGAUCGUAUUUCACAAUGAGGCUUGGAGUACACUGCUGCGAACCGUUCACUCAGUUAUUGAUCGCUCUCCACACACACUGCUGGAGGAGAUCGUCCUGGUGGACGAUGCCAGUGAGAGAGAUUUUCUCAAACGGCCGCUGGAGCAGUACGUCAGAAAGUUAGAAGUGCCGGUCAGAGUGGUGAGGAUGGAGCAGCGGUCUGGACUCAUUCGUGCCCGCCUCAAAGGGGCUUCCAUCUCUACUGGCCAGGUCAUCACCUUUCUGGAUGCUCAUUGUGAAUGCACCACAGGGUGGCUAGAGCCUCUGCUGGCCCGCAUCAAACAAGACAAGAGAACAGUUGUGUGCCCCAUUAUCGACGUUAUCAGUGACGAUACAUUUGAGUACAUGGCAGGGUCUGACAUGACGUAUGGGGGUUUCAACUGGAAGCUGAACUUCCGCUGGUACCCUGUGCCUCAGAGGGAGAUGGACCGCCGCAAAGGAGACCGCACGCUACCCGUCAGGACUCCUACCAUGGCAGGCGGCUUGUUCUCCAUAGACAGGGAUUAUUUCCAGGAGAUCGGCACAUAUGACGCAGGAAUGGACAUCUGGGGAGGAGAAAACCUGGAAAUUUCAUUCAGAAUCUGGCAGUGUGGAGGGACCCUGGAGAUCGUCACAUGCUCCCACGUGGGUCACGUGUUCAGAAAGGCAACGCCCUACACGUUUCCCGGAGGAACGGGACAGAUCAUCAACAAAAAUAACCGCCGCCUGGCAGAGGUCUGGAUGGAUGAAUUCAAGAACUUCUUCUACAUAAUCUCUCCUGGUGUGACCAAAGUGGACUACGGUGACAUCUCAUCUCGCAUUUCUUUAAGACAUAAGCUCCAGUGUAAACCCUUCAGCUGGUAUUUGGAGAAUGUCUACCCUGACUCCCAAAUCCCCAGGCACUAUUACUCCCUGGGAGAGAUCCGUAACGUAGAGACCAACCAGUGCUUGGACAACAUGGCCCGCAAGGAAAACGAGAAGGUUGGCAUUUUCAACUGCCACGGCAUGGGAGGCAACCAGGUCUUCUCCUACACAGCCAACAAAGAGAUCCGGACUGAUGAUUUGUGUUUAGAUGUUUCCAAGCUGAACGGGCCCGUCAUGAUGCUCAAGUGCCAUCACCUUAAAGGCAACCAGCUGUGGGAAUAUGAUCCUGUGAAGCUGACUCUGGUCCACGUCAACAGUAACCAGUGCCUGGACAAGGCCAGCGAGGAGGACAGCCAGGUGCCCAGCGUCAGAGACUGCACACACUCCCGUUCCCAACAGUGGCUGCUGCGCAACGUCACACUACCCGAGGUCUUCUGACCAUACAGCGCACCCCCCCAAACGUACACGCCCCCAAACACACAGAGCGGCCCAGAGCAAGCAGUCAGAAGAGCGGGCAUGUUUUAUUCAAUGUGGGCACAAGGACCGAGACUUCUCUGGUGGGGGAUUCAGGAGGAGGGAUGGGACGGUACUACCUCUGCCAGAGAUCAGAGGAAGGAGACUCUUCAAGCUUCCUCAGAGCGAAUAGAGAGGACUGUAGAGACUCUCUAAGAGAUCAUAUCUGUCGUUUUACAUUUGCUUUUUUUUUUUUUUUAAGAAGAGAUUCUAGAUGUUGCUGUCUCCGGCGAGUGGAGUCGAGGUUCUGCACACAGCUUCCCCUCAGCUCAUCACUUAACGUUUACUGACUGCCUCCGAUCUGUGUGCGUGCACUUAUCUGUGUGUUUGACCCGAGAUGAAUGUAUGCUUUUUGAAGGGGCCUGAAUAUUUGUUUUUGUUGUUUUCCUUUUUUUUUUUUUUUAUUUAAUUUUAUAACUUGUAUUGAUCAUGGACUCUUAUGAAGAAGGAUGCAUGUCUGACUGCGUGUGUGAGAGAUCACGUCUGGUGCGUGCCUGCGUGUGUGGACGUGUCAGAGCCCCUCCUUUGCAGUCUUGUAACAGCGUAUGUCCCCCUCUGGUGUUACUUCUCGGUAUCUCGUCUUACAGACUGAAAUCUAAAGGAGGGCACGUAAUAUAGACAAAAAGAGGAAGCUCAAACCGACGUCUGCCAACAGCAGAAAUGUAGAGAUAGAGAAAUAUGUUUGUGAUAUCUUCAGAUUUCUAUGUCCAGUUUUUACAUGCCUUGUCUGUUUCUACUGUUUCAGUAACCUUUAGUUUCUCCUUUUCAUCAUACAGCAAAUGCACUCUCAAGCACAUCAACAGGCUUCUUGGAUAUUAAACUGAUACUGCCUACUGUAGUGUUUAACUAUGAAAAGCUGUCCCAUAAAACACUACAGAGCUACACUCUCUCUGCAGAAGGCCGUCCACACAUGAGCAUCUCAGUAAAUAAAAAUGUCAGACAAAAAUAUGAA